UUUGAAGUGAGUCGGAAUACAAAAACGACGCCGUAUCACUUUGGAUCGGCCGUUCAAUUGUAAACACUUGCUUAUAAAAGAUCCCUUGGCGGCAGCGUUUACCGGCAAAGUCGUUGCUCAGGUGCGGUGAAGAGAAGAAAACAUGGGAGUGCAAGGGCUUUGGGAGCUACUCGCUCCCGUUGGUCGCCGCGUAUCCGUCGAAACCCUAGCCGGGAAACGAUUGGCUAUCGAUGCGAGUAUAUGGAUGGUUCAGUUUAUAAAGGCGAUGCGUGACGAGAAGGGCGAUAUGGUUCAGAACGCUCACUUGAUCGGGUUUUUCCGGAGGAUUUGCAAACUUUUGUUCUUAAGGACUAAGCCGGUUUUCGUCUUUGACGGUGGUACUCCGGCGUUGAAACGCCGCACUGUCAUUGCGCGUCGUCGUCAGCGUGAGAACGCUCAGACGAAAAUUCGGAAAACCGCUGAGAAGUUGCUGCUUAAUCGACUCAAGGAGAUGAGGGUUAAGGAACAAGCCAAUGAUCUUAAGAAGCAGAGACUACAGCAGAGUAAGAGUGCUGGAGAUAAGAAGCGUGUAUCUUCCGAAUCUGUGAAAGUUCCUUUGCGAGACUCUGCAGAUGAAGAUGGUGCGCGGGGCAGUUGUUUUCGGGAGGAAAAGAUAGAUGAGAUAUCUUCAGCAUCUAUGGUCGGAGAAAAUGUUACUGAUGAUGCUAUGAAAGUGUCUUCGAAGUAUGAUCCCAAGGGAAAGGGAGUUUUGUUGGAUGAGGAUGACCUGGAUAACAGAAUGAAGUGUAACCCUGAACAGGGUUCCUCAGCAGGGACGAAAGAUUAUCAGGAAAAGUUGGAUGAGAUGUUGGCGGCAUCCCUUGCAGCCGAAGAAGACAGGAAUUUUACUAAUAAAGCCUCGUCUUCAGCUGCCGAAGUCCCCUCCGAGGAAGAGGGUAGCGAAGAAGAUGAGCAAAUUCUUUUGCCAGCAAUGAAUGGGAAUGUCGACCCAGCUGUUUUGGCUUCUCUUCCUCCAUCCAUGCAACUUGAUCUCCUUGUUCAGAUGAGAGAAAAAUUGAUGUCAGAAAACCGGCAAAAGUACCAAAAGGUCAAGAAGGCCCCUGAAAAGUUUUCUGAAUUGCAAAUAGAAGCAUAUCUCAAAACUGUAGCCUUCCGUCGAGAAAUAAAUGAAGUUCAGAGAAGUGCUGGUGGGAGGGCUGUCGGUGGAGUUCAAACUUCUAGGAUAGCUUCUGAAGCGAACAAAGAGUUUAUCUUCUCAUCUUCUUUUUCUGGCGAUAAAGAAGUACUUGCGUCUGCCAGAGAAGGAAGAAAUGAUGGAAAACAGAACAAUACGCCACAACAGUCUUUGCCGGUCCCUGUUAAGAAUAUUUCUUCGGUGAAUAAAUCAGAUGCUACUGCCAAGUUGGAGAAAAAUGAACCCGCGAAUCCUGAUGAAAAUAUUGAAGUUUAUAUAGAUGAAAGGGGGCGUCUAAGAAUCAGGAACAGACACAUGGGGAUCCAAAUGACUCGUGAUAUCCAGAGAAACUUACAUUUGAUGAAAGAAAAGGAGAAAACAGCUUUUGGUUCUACGUCGAACGAUGAUGAUGAAACGUCCAACGCCUGGGAGAAUUUUCCUUCUGAGGACCAGUUUCUUGAAAAUUUACCUGUUAAUAAAAAUGAUGUUAUGAAUCUAGAUAAUCCGAAUGAUGAAUCCAUGCUGCGAAAUCAGUCUGCAAUAGAGAUAUCAUUUGAACAUGAUGGUGGUGGGAAAGAUCUGGAUGAUGAAGAUGAUAUGUUUCUUCAGUUGGCAGCGGGAGGACCAGUGACUAUUAGUUCUGCAGAAAAUGAUCCCAAAGAAGACUCUUUGUCGUGGGCAUCUGACAGUGAUUGGGAAGAAGUGCCUGUUGGACAGAGUAGUGUUAUCUCUAAGCUUGAAGUGAAUUCAAGCAAUCAGCAUGUUCCCGAGGAUAUUAGUUCCGAUGAAGAGGCAGCAAGGGAGGACAGUACUUGUGAAAAUGCCAGUAACUCCAUGGAGAACGAUACAGUAACAAAGUUCUCAAAAGGUUAUUUGGAAGAAGAAGCUGAUUUGCAAGAGGCUAUCCAGAAAAGUCUUCUUGACUUGCAUGAUAAGGAAUCCGAGGAUGUCCUUGAAGAAAAUCAAACGGUGGGGGUAAACCUAGUUGAUGACAAGCCAACUCAGGAUAGUCUGUGUUCUAGUGAAACCGUUGGUAAAGCUGAGGCAGAGGGAACUCUGGACGGGAUACCAAUCUUGAAAGCUAGUGGUGCUAUAAAUGAGCAGUCCAACACUUCGGUAAUGGAAGAUGGUCACAUAGAUAUAACAAAACAAAUUGGUACUCACCCUUCUUCCAGUUCUGACAAUGUCAGACGUGCAGUGGGAAACGAAAUGCCACAAGUAAAGUCAGGUAUCUCACCCGAGAAAUCAUUUACUAUUGCUAGUGAGAGCAGCAUGGUGUCCACCAUGGCUAAGCACAAUAAUGAAGAUGGUUCUGAAAGUUUUGGUGGUGAAUUUAUCAAAGUGUCUCCUAUGCCCAUAGCUGAUGAGGAGAGAAUCAGUUCGCACAUAGAGAUACUCUACGACACAGAUUCACAGCAAGAAACAAGGGAGGAAAAUAAAUUGGACGACCGGACUUUUAAUAUUGAGAGUUCGAUAGAUUUAGAAGAGAAAACCGUGCCUGUUGAACUUUCAGAAGCAAUUUUGGAGGAGGAAAUGCGAGUUCUUGAUCAAGAAUAUGUAAAUUUGGGUGAUGAACAGAGGAAACUUGAGAGGAAUGCUGAAUCUGUUAGCAGUGAGAUGUUUGCGGAAAUCCAGGAGCUACUCCAAAUAUUUGGCUUACCAUACAUCAUAGCUCCCAUGGAAGCAGAGGCACAGUGUGCAUUUAUGGAACAAUCAAACCUUAUUGAUGGCAUUGUCACUGACGAUUCUGAUGUAUUCUUGUUCGGAGCAAGGAGUGUGUACAAAAAUAUAUUUGAUGAUCGCAAAUAUGUGGAGACAUACUUUAUGAAGGACAUUGAGAAGGAGCUUGGCUUGAGCAGAGAUAAAAUAAUUCGAAUGGCAAUGCUGUUAGGAAGUGAUUACACAGAAGGAAUCAGUGGAAUUGGUAUUGUCAAUGCUAUUGAAGUUGUGACUGCAUUUCCCGAGGAUGAUGGGCUUCAAAAAUUUCGUGAAUGGGUUGAAUCACCUGAUCCAACCAUUUUAGGAAAGACUGAUGUAAAAGCAGGUUCCGGUGUAAAGAAGCGCGGAUAUGGCUCCGCAGAUAAUGAAAGUACCUCAGGUGUUUCGGCUGAUGACACAGAAGAAAUCAAGCAAAUCUUCAUGGAUAAGCAUAGGAAGGUAAGCAAGAACUGGCACAUUCCAGCUACUUUCCCUAGCGAAGCUGUUAUUUCUGCCUAUUUAGAUCCACAAGUGGACCGGUCGACUGAGAUUUUCUCAUGGGGCAAGCCUGAUCUCUUAGUUCUUAGAAAGCUAUGCUGGGAAAAGUUUGGUUGGAACGGUAAGAAGACAGAUGAUCUGCUACUUCCUGUCUUGAAGGAGUACGAAAAACGCGAGACGCAACUUCGUAUGGAAGCUUUUUAUUCCUUCAGUGAAAGAUUUGCAAAGAUUCGAAGUAAAAGGAUUAAAAAGGCUGUCAAAGGAAUUGGCGGAGGUCUAUCGUCAGAAGUUGUUGAUCAUACUCUCCAGGAAGGUCCAGGAAUUGGAAACAAGAAAAGACUCUCUCCCGAUGAAUCCGAAGAUAAAACUUCAGAGAAAGAUUUAAGUAAAACCGAUGAGAAGGCGACAAACAAAAGGAAACGCUCUGAAAAACCAUCUAGUAGUAGAGGCAGAGGCAGCGCCCAAAAAAGAGGACGCGGAAGAGGAAGGGGACGAAAAAACCUCCUCCCUGAGCUAUCUGACGGUAGUUCUGAUGGUGAGGGUGAUGACAAUGAUAAUGUUGUUGGGUUGCAGGCACCUAAUGAAGCAAAACCUGGCAAUCCUCAAAAAGUGCGAAGGUCAACACGAUCUCGGAAUCCCGUGAAGUACAGUGAGAAAGAAGAUGAUCAGUUGGACGAGUCAAGAGGCAAUGGAGAAUCCCUUAGUGAGAAUUUGGACGAUGAUGAUGAUGAUUUCCUCAAAAACUUAGGCAAAUUAGGGAAUGUCUCUGAAGAGAGAGCACAGAAUGAACCAACAACCAUGGAUGCAUCGAAUAACGAUUGUCCUUCUGAAGACUAUAUUCAAAUGGGAGGUGGUGGGUUCUGCGUAGAUGAAGCCGAGACUGGAGGAGAUGCUCAUGUGGAGGAUAAAGCUAGUGAUGAUUACAGAGUGAUGGGUGGUGGAUUCUGUGUUGAUGAAGAUGAAACAGGUGAGGAAGAUGAUGCGAUGGAUGAAGAGGUGUUAGAAACUGAGGAUGUAAACAGCCAAAAUAAAGCUAAACGUCAAAACGAGGAUGCAUCAUUGGAGGAGUAUGGUGGUGGCAUUGAAAUUGGGAAUUCUUCAGCUGGAGGAUUAAGUGCUAUGCCUUUCCUGAAGAGAAAGAAGAGGAAGAACUGAUUAAAAUAAAGUAGAAGUAAAAAAAACAUUGUAUGAUUUUGAGAUGUUUCCUUUAAUUGGUUCACUAACAAAUAAUUAUAUGAUGUGAAUAGAAUCUUGAAGA